UAUAUUAAAACUUGUACCUGGCUUUAACCCCAGAUGAACGUUACAAAGUUCCUGAAAGUUACAAAACAGUAACAUGAUAUGAACAAUUAAGCACAUAGAAAUUAAGAAUACAGCUUAAAAAUUAGAUUUAAUGUAUGCAGUGGAAGCCUUUUGGAAGAAAUAUAAGAAGGAUAAAAAGAGAAUGUUGGCUGGUAAUGAGUUAUGAUAGUGAUUAACAGUACGAAAAUCAACUGGAGACAAAGAAAUGAUCAACGAUAGUUUAAUCAACUGGAGACGAAAAACCAAUAAGAGCUAACGCAAAAUAUAAGUUGUGAAACUCAGUUAAUCUAUAAAUGUAAUAAAACAUAGGGUGUCUCAAAUAGACUCCUCUAAGAAUGAUCAAAACUUGAGAUCCAUCUGAUAAUUCACUUCUUAUUUCAUUUAUACACAGGAAAAAGUGCGCGAUUACUUCUGGAACAGAACGACAAUCGCAAUUUGAUAUUACUUUGCGCACUUAAUUUCUACCAACGCAGCAAAUUUCUAAAGGAUCUUAAAGGCGUCUAAAGACGUCCUAACUUGUUUUAGACAUUUUUAUAAGUUUAUGCUGUCUAGAUAUAUACUUGAAGGAACGGAAAAAUUCGCAUUGCUCGACACAGGAAGCGUUCUUCUCAUUGUCGUGUGCGCGAUAUUUUCCUCGAUAAAUUAUGGCGAUCGUUGGUCGCACGAGGACGAUUUCGUGCGACUAACGAACCGUAUCAUGCUCCUUAUAAGACAUCCGAACUAACGAGCUCCACGAGCAGUGAAUCGGUAGUAACGCAUCGAUCUCGUUCAGGACGAUGAAGUACCUAGCUGUUGCACUUCUCACUGUAUGCGCCCUCUCCUCUCCCGUUCUCGCCGACGAGGGCCAGUACACCACGAAAUUCGACAAUGUGGACGUCGACGCGAUCAUAAACAGCGAGAGGUUGCUGAACGGAUACGUGGGCUGCCUGCUCGAUCGGAAUCCAUGCACUCCGGAUGCGGCGGAAUUCAAAAAGAAUCUACCGGAUGCGUUGGAGCACGACUGCGCGGGAUGCAGCGAGGCGCAAAAGAACGCGGCCGACAAGAUCUCUCACCAUUUGAUCGACAACAAGCAGGAUGAGUGGAGACUAUUGGAGGAGAAGUACGAUCCUACCGGGGCGUACCGGCGACGUUACCUGGAGAACAAAUCCAAGGAUGGAAGUGGUUUCGACUAGGUCGUCUUCGCCACCGGUCGUCGAGAUGUCGAUAUCGAUGCUGACCUUGGCUAUUCUUUCCGGACCCCCGAUUGCUUUGCCUCGUGAUCUUCGUUGUACGGCAACUUUACGUAACGGUUGCGCAACGAAAAGACAUUCUUGUACACAUUGAGAAAGGAUCGGGCUGGGUGAGCGCGCCCGGGCCUUUCCAGCGCGACAUUUCCGCGUCGAUUCGCACGAUUUUGCCCGUUGUCUGGAAUUUCAUCUAAUUCAACGGAUUCGAGGAGCUGUGUGCGUCCGCCACAUGUAGACGAGAACGUAUUCGCUGGUUUAUAAAAAUUGCCCCAUCGAAGCACAUCGUGGAGAAUCGCGAUAGAGAGUAUUGCCAGAUGCGCAUGUCGCUAAACAAUUCGUCGUAAUCGAUCGCAAUUUUGCACGUAUAGGCGAACGAGGCAAUUUAGAUGCGAUUAUCCUUGCAUAACGGCGAAGAAAGAAUUGCGUCUAAUCUCUUUUGUUAUGUUUCCUCGCGCUGCUGUAAUAAUUAUUAGUCUUCCGCUUUUUACCUCUCGUAAGAUGCCAAUGAUGAUUACGCGCGCAUAAUUAUUUACACUUUUCAAUCGGGUAUGUUAAACACAUGAACGCACCUACGCAUAUGUAUCCGACGUUAUCGAUAUUUAUAUUCAACGAUUGUUUAGUUAAACGGAUCCCUCUGAGCGCGUUUCGUUCAUUAUUGUCAGUAAUCUCUUCUUUAUCGAUAGUUGCACUCGAGUAUCCGCAUUCGUCGGUAGGUCUCGCUUCGCGAUUGUAUUUCAGUUGCACGUCACGAUACGAAGCUUCGCUUGUGCCGGUGUCGAAGUUGAUGAUGAACUCGAAAUCGAAAUCGAAAUUAAAAAGAAAGCUGAAAUUAAA